AUGGCGCGUAAAAACGCGAAACCUGUCAAGCCAUCGGCUCCAUCGCCGACGACAAACGACGUCGGGCGGACUGAAAAGAAGCAGAAACAGCCAACGGAUGGAGAGGAACUGGCGCCGUCGGGCGUCUACGGGUGGAUCCUGAAGCUGCUGGCGGUCGUGGCAGCUAUGGCCGUGACGUACUACUUUCGUCAACUGGACUCGGAGGCGGCCCGUUUUGCCCGUUACAUCCCUCGGAAGGACGUGACGGACCGCUUACGACUCAAUGUCACGUGUGUCUCGAGUCGUGAAUCCGACCUGUUCGUGCCAGGGUGUCACCUGGAGGACGGCGCCGUGUGCGGCCGCGUGCUGAUGGACAACUUUAUAAAGCCCGAGGAGGUGAUGCGACUGCGGGAGAUUGCCGAGAUCGGGAUGGAGAGUCGCUCAAAGAUUGGCGGGCCCACGAUCAUGGACAUCAACACGGGCUUUGUCCGCAAUAGCGAAGGGCUCGUGAACAUCUACCAGCCUGAUCGAAGGAUUCCAGACGAGGACAAGCCGGGCGUCAAGCGUUUUGACAAGAAGCAGUUCAGCCUCUACCGUUCUGUUGUUCACAAGAUCCGCCGGGCAGUGAUGAAAGAGUUUGGUCUCGAAGAGCUGUAUUUUUCCGCUCCUACCUUUAUGGCUCGUUUGAUCGGUAAUGACUCGUGGACUCCUGUUGAGAUCCACGACGAGUACUGGCACCCGCACGUGGAUAAGGAAAACACAAAGCAUUAUGACUACUCGAGUCUCCUGUACCUGUCAGACUAUGGCGAGGAGUUUACGGGUGGGCUCUUCUCGUUCAUCGACGGGGACAAUGAAACGGCUGUCGAGCCUGCUCGUGGCCGCCUCUUGAUGUUCACGGCUGGCUCUGAAAACCUGCACGUUGUGCGCAAGGUCAAGACCGGCACGCGCUAUACGAUGAGCAUUUGGUUCACUUGCGAUGAGAACAGGCAGUUUAAGAACUUCCUGGACAGACCGAUGCACACGCUCCAUCGACCCACCUAG